UUUUAAUAAGGAUGAGCGUGAAAGGGUGAUGAAAGAAUAAACAAAAUGGAUGUCGGCUUCAAAUUGAAAAGGGAGAAUCCCAAGAAAAGGGCAAAUUGUCUAACGAAAUUAUUCUUCGGUUGGAUGAUCGAAACAGUCCGCAAAGGAAAAAACGAUUUGCUGGAAUUAAAAGACCUUUACAAAGCAUUGGAUCCUGAUAAAUCGGAAAGGCUCACGAAUAAGCUAGAGAAGCAUUGGAACGAUGAAGUUGUCAAGGCGGAAACGAAGAAUAAACCUCCCAGUUUACUCAGUGCUAUUAGGAAGACGUUCUUUCUCGAAUUUAUGCUGUAUGGUUUAAUGUGGUUUUUGAUUAACGCUAUUUUCCGCUCCAGUCAGCCGAUCCUCCUGGCAAAAAUCAUCGCGCAAUUUUCCAACGAAGACAGGGAUUAUAACGAUUACAGUAAAUACUAUUACAGCGCCGGAUUGGUGGGUUUGACGCUAUUCAGCGUAUUCCUCACCCAUCACAUGAACUUCGGGCUGUCCAAAAUCGGAAUGAGGAUAAGAAUAGCCUGUUCCUCGUUGAUAUACAGGAAGUUAAUGAGGCUCAAUCAGACGUCGCUGGGUCGAACUGCGGCUGGGCAGGUGGUGAAUUUGCUGGCAAACGAUGUAGCCAGAUUCGAUCAGGCCCUUACCCCGCUACAUUGCAUUUGGGUACUGCCUUUUCAAAUAGUAUUCCUGUCCUGGAUUAUCUGGACCCAAGUCGGUAUAGCAACAGUGGCUGGGUUAGUAACGCUCAUCUCAGUAGGCGUUCCGUUACAAGGUUUCCUCGGGAAGUACAUCGGUCGCUUCCGGUCGACGAUAUCGAAGAAGACCGACAGGCGAGUGAAGCUAAUGAACGAAAUCAUAUCGGGCAUCCAGGUGAUUAAAAUGUAUGUGUGGGAAAACUCUUUCGAAGCGAUCGUGAAAGCGGCCAGAGCCGAUGAAAUCAAAACCAUCACUUAUACGUCGUAUCUAAGAGGGAUUUUCGCUAGUUGCAUGGUGUUCCUCGAUCGAACAGCCCUGGCAAUCACCAUAAUGUGUUACGUACUUCUAGGUCACGAGAUAAACGCCUCGAUUGUGUUCAGUUUGGCUCAAGCCUUCAAUCUUCUCCAAAACGGCGUCGCCAUUUGGUUCCCGAUGGCCGUUUCUCAGGGAGCCGAGGCUUUGGUAUCGAUCAGAAGGCUGCAGGAAUUCCUCUCGCUGGAAGAACUCGAAGAGCCUCGAAUCGAGAAAACGAGCAAAAAGGGCAUCAUUUUGAACGCGGUUAAUGCCCGUUGGUUUGACACGCCGACUUUGAGCAACGUCUCCUUCAACAUACCACCAGGAACUCUCUGUGCUGUCGUUGGACCAGUGGGAUCAGGAAAAUCUUCUUUAUUACAGCUCCUGCUGGGCGAGCUGCCCAGCUCGACCGGCGACGUCAAAAUCGGCGGAAGCAUCUCGUACUGCUCCCAACAACCGUGGCUCUUCUACUCGACCGUCCGCAACAACAUCCUCUUCGGCCGGAAGUACGACAGGUUCCUCUACGAGCAGGUGGUGAGGGCGUGCGCGCUGCGCAAGGACUUCGACCAGCUGCCGCUCGGCGACAAGACGGUCGUGGGCGAGCGAGGAGUGGCGCUGAGCGGCGGCCAGAAGGCCAGGAUCAACCUGGCGCGGGCGGUGUACGAGCAGGCGGACAUCUAUUUGUUGGACGAUCCCCUGUCCGCCGUGGACACGCACGUGGGGAAGAAGCUGUUCGAUGAUUGCGUCGACCACUACUUGAAGGGGAGGAUCCGGAUUUUGGUCACCCACCAGUUGCAGUAUUUGAAGAAGGCCGAUUUGAUCGUGGUGAUGAAUAAAGGGCAAGUCGAGGACGUCGGUACUUUCGCUGAACUGUCCUCUUCCAAAACGGGUUUUAGUCGAUUGAUGGCGGAGUCCGGCGAAGCGAAUGAAAUCAAUCGCGUUUCUGAAGCAACUACUUUCGAUGCUACUUUGACUACUUCUAGUAGAAAAUGGGGUACUACAUCGAUGGAGGUUUCUAAAACUAUUGAUUAUAUUGAAGAGAGUCAGGAUGUAGAAGAAGAGUGUGGAAGAAAUCCGAAUUCAAAGCCACUCAGGAAAUAUCUGUCUGCUACAAACCACCCUUGUUUGCUAGUUAUUUUAGCCAUAUUGUUAGUACUAGCUCAAGCUCUUUGCGCUUGUGCGGACUACUGGGUCUCAUACUGGACAUCCGAAGAAGAAAUCCGCCACUUGAACCGAUCCUCAACAACAGAAAUCAUCGAAGUGCACCAGCUGGACGGCGUCCACCACAACCCGAGCUCCUACUUCUACAACUACACCCCGCCCGGCGAGUCCUUCCUGGAUCCCCUUUUCGACAGAAUCCUGGUGAACGACGAGGAGUACCGCGUGAUAAAGAGCAACUACGCCAUGUACGCCUACGGUGCGCUGAUCGCCGGUUCGAUCGUGCUCACCCUGGCCCGGUCGUUCUUCUUCUUCAAAAUGUGCAUGAUCUCCUCGGUGAACCUGCACUCGAAGAUCUUCCACUCGCUGCUGAAGGCGCCGAUGCGGUUCUUCGACACCAACCCCAGCGGAAGGAUACUGAACAGGUUCUCCAAGGACAUCGGCGCCGUCGACGAGGUCCUGCCGAAGGAGAUUUUGAACGUCGUGCAAAUAUUACUGGUGCUGGUUGGUAUUUUAGCGAACGUUAUCGCGUCGAAUCAUUACAUAGUAAUUGCUAUAAUUGUCCUUGGCGCUCUAUUCAUGAAACUUCGAAAUUAUUACCUGUUAACUGCCAAGACCAUUAAGCAUCUCGAAGGUGUAACGAAAUCCCCUGUGUUUUCUCACGUUAAUUCCACAAUAAACGGCAUUACCACUAUACGGGCGUCACACGCUCAACGUAUUUUGAUUGAAGAGUUCGACGAACAUCAGGAUGUUCACACUUCUGCCUGGUAUUUAACAAUAGCCUGUACGUCUACUUUCGGCCUUUGGUUAGAUAUAGUUUGUUCAAUUUUUGCUGCAAGCGUCAUAUUCACUUUUGUAGUAUUGGAUGAGUAUAUUAAAUUUGAUGGUAGCGUGGUGGGUUUGGCCAUUUCCCAAUCAAUGAUACUCACCGGGAUGUUGACCUACGGUAUGCGGGAAACCGCGGAAGUUAUCAACCAAUUAACCAGCGUGGAAAGAGUGCUGGAAUAUACGACUAUACGGCAAGAAGGACCUUUCGAAACGGACGAAGUAAACGUACCGGAGACACCCUGGCCAACCACUGGACGCAUAGAAUUCAGAAAUCUAACAUUGAGAUACGCAGAAGACGAUCGUGCAGCGUUGAACAACCUCUCAUUCUUCAUAGAAGACGGGCAAAAGAUAGGAAUAGUCGGUCGCACCGGCGCCGGGAAAUCCUCCCUCAUAUCCGCCCUGUUCCGCCUAUCGCCCACCCUAGGCGAACUUCUCAUCGACGACUUGGACACCAAGAAGCUGGGACUGAGCGAUUUGCGAAGGAACAUUUCCAUCAUACCCCAGGAGCCGGUGCUCUUCUCUUCAACCCUGCGGUACAAUCUAGAUCCGUUCGGGGAAUACGAGGACAAGGAGAUAUGGAAUGCGCUCGAGCAGGUAGGUUUGAAAGACUCCGUGGCUUCCUUGGACUUCCAAGUAGCAGGAGGCGGGGGAAACUUCAGCGCUGGAGAAAGGCAGCUGAUUUGCCUGGCAAGGGCCGUGUUGAGGGACAACAAGAUUCUCAUACUAGAUGAAGCUACUGCUAACGUUGAUCUUAGAACGGAUUCGUUCAUCCAGUCCACCAUCCGGAGCAGAUUCGAGGACUGCACGGUGCUUACCAUAGCGCACAGGCUGAACACCAUCAUGGAUUCGGACAAGGUGUUGGUGAUGAAUUUCGGAGAGAUGGUGGAGUUCGAUCAUCCGCACAAGCUCCUCCAAAUCGAAGGCGGGUUCUUCUACAAGCUGGUGGAAGAGACGGGGCCGGUGAUGGCGCAGCAGCUCAAGGAUGUCGCCCUGGAUGCCUACCAGAAGGCCAUUCAGGAUUAGUUUUAUUAAAUGUAUUAGUGUAUGUAAAUUAAAUGUGUACGAAUUGAA